GCGGGCAGCUAAUACACGUGGAGGAGGCAGUGGCAGUCCUGAUCAAGGCCUUGGUUGCUGUGGCGGAGCUUUACCUCAAAGAGCCUGUCAAGCGAGCUGUGCUGGGCGUGCCGGCGCGGUGGACGAAGGCGCAGCGUGCAGCCCUGGAGUAUUCUGCGACGCUCGCAGGCCUGAAGUCGGUCCGGCUAAUCCCGGAGCCCGAACUAGCAGUAAGGGCCUACGGCAUUCGUGCGAGCCCGAAUGCGCAGAUCAUCACAGGAGGUGGGAACCUGGGCCCGAAACCGCAGGGCCUUCAGGGCAACAUUGAAUUGGAUGAGCUCCAACAGCGAGUUGAAGAGGAUCCGUAUGCGGCUUCGCAAGCGGACUUCACGCAGCAUAUGGCAGUGCAGAUGAAGCAGCGGGACCCCACCCUGAAGCAUAUCAUGGUAGCUGACCUUGGUGGUGGAACCUUUGAUGUCUGCAUUGUUCGGAAGUGGGUGGAGUGGGAUGAGAUCCAUAUGCUCUUCACUAGCGGUGACGAGCGGCUCGGCGGCGAUGACUUCGACAUCGCAAUCGUUGACUGGGUCCUGAAAGAGUUGAAACCAGAGCUGGCAAAGCAGAGGAAGUGGCCUGUGCCUGCUGCACAAAGGCAGAACCUUCUGCUGCAGGCUCGCAAGGCAAAGGAGAGGCUGUCAAGCAGCGAGACUGCUGAGCUUAGCAUCGGCGAUCUCAAGGUGACUGUCAGCAGAGACAACUUUCGCGUCGUCUGCCUACCAGUGCUGCAGCGGAUGUUGCAACCCAUCCGCGAGGCGGCCUAUGGUGCCCACUUGCGCCUGCCGUUCGAAAGCUUGGCGCUUGACACUGUCGAAAUGGCAGGCAAGGCCAGGAAGAGGAAGAUGAGUGAGAAGGACCUUCAAAGAAAGAGCCGCUCACUCAGGGCCAAACACAAGUCCACCGACAUAGAGGAUCGAGACGAGAUCAAGGUGGACGAAAUUCUUCUCAUUGGCGCAGCUACAUGGACUCCUGCAGUUCGCGAAAUGCUGAUGUUAUGCACUGGCGUGCAGCCAAACAGCGCUGUCAUCGAUCCAGAGACGGCCGUUGCUCUCGGCGCGGUAAUUCUGGCCUCCAUCAUGGACAACCAGAUGGUUGACAUGCAGGUCCACUCUAAUUGGCGUGCUGCCUGGACUCAGUAUCUGCUGGAUCGGCCCGAGCUGGUGGAGAAGUUGCAGGAACCUGUAAGGGCGUAG